AUGUCGACUGCCACCGAUUCCAGCGCGACCGCGGUUGCGUCCAGUCAACCAACGUCGGAAAAGAAGGCCAAGCACGGCCAUGCCGCGUCCCAGGCCCAGUCCGCGCCACGCAAAGUGCGGUUCAACGUCGGCACCCAAUACCAGGUCCUCGAUGUCGUCGGCGAGGGCGCGUACGGCAUCGUCUGCUCUGCAGUCCAUCGACCAAGUGGGCGCAAAGUUGCCAUAAAGAAGAUCGCGCCCUUUGAGCACUCGAUGUUCUGUCUACGAACCCUGCGAGAACUCAAGCUGCUCAAAUUCUUGAGUGAGGCCGGCGUGAGCGAGAACAUCAUAUCAAUCCUCGAUAUCAUCAAACCACCCUCGCUGGAAGCAUUCAAGGAGGUCUAUCUUAUCCAAGAGCUGAUGGAGACGGACAUGCACCGUGUCAUCCGUACCCAGGAUCUCUCCGACGACCACGCCCAGUACUUCACGUAUCAGACCCUUCGCGCCCUCAAAGCCCUCCACUCGGCUGAUGUCAUUCACCGCGACCUCAAACCAUCAAAUCUCCUGCUCAACGCGAACUGCGAUCUCAAGGUGUGCGACUUCGGCCUCGCCCGCAGCGUGAAGACCGCCGAACCCUCGGGGACCGAGACCGGCUUCAUGACCGAAUACGUCGCCACGCGAUGGUAUCGAGCGCCCGAGAUCAUGCUGACCUUCAAGCAGUACACGAAGGCCAUCGACGUGUGGUCCGUAGGCUGCAUCCUCGCAGAGAUGCUCAGUGGCAAACCGCUCUUCCCCGGUCGCGACUACCACCAUCAACUCACCCUGAUCCUUGACGUGCUCGGCACCCCCACGCUUGAUGAGUUUUACGCAAUAACGACGCGGCGGUCUCGGGAUUACAUCCGAGCGCUCCCCUUCCGCAAGAAGCGCCCCUUCGCGCAGCUCUUCCCCAACGCCUCCAAGGAAGCGGUCGACUUCCUCACCAAGACGCUCACCUUCGACCCGAAAAAGCGCAUAACGGUUGAGGACGCUCUCGCGCAUCCGUAUCUCGAGGCCUACCACGACCCGGACGACGAGCCAGUCGCUCCUCCGCUUGACCCCGAGUUCUUCGAGUUCGAUCUUCACAAGGAUGAGAUCAGUCGAGAGCAGCUAAAGGAGCUUCUGUACGAAGAGAUCAUGACCUUCAAGCCCGUCCCCAUGACAUGAUCACUUAUGUUGCACCGUGUUGGAAUAUUGCGCUCGCGUUACAU